AUGUUCAACAACAGCUCAGACUCGUGGCUUUCUACAGAGAAGGCACUUGCUCCUGAGAUGUCAAACUUGCUGUCCUGUUAUCGGUGGUAUUUACAAAACAAGACUGUAUCCAACGCGCAGGCUAGCGAAGCUUGCUCGAAGUACGAAGACCUUGUGAGGUUGGGAACCGGUACGGACAUUGUUUUUUGGUUAAUGGGACUUCUCAUCAUUAUCACCAAUGCUGCCGUGGUAUGGGGAAUCGUCGCAACGCGAGAACUCAGCAGAACGGUCUCUUUCUUGUUGGCAAAUCUGGCAACUACGGACCUCUUCGCAGGUGUUGCACUUCUGUAUCGUACCGUGGGUCACCUCGUACAUGAUGUUAAGUUUAGAGUAAUCCUGACUUUCGUCAAUCUGAUGACACUAACUCAGCUGUUGUCUGCAUCAGCCCUUUCCUUGCUGUCUGUGAACAGUUAUGUUGCUAUCCGGCAUCCUAUAUUCUUCCGCAGCCAUUCUGGUAAUGCCGAUAGAUACGUAGGUGUAGUUCUUGCCUGUACGUGGGUUAGUUUUACCUUACUUACCAUAUCGCCCAAUAUGGGUUGGAACUGUAUAGACAUGCAUAUUUUAACCACAGGGACCUGUGUUUCAUAUUACCCUGUGGCAAUUGUCAUUAUCUGUGCAUCUAUAUUGCUCUUUCUGUGCGGUAUCAUGUUGUUUACAAAUAUUUCUACAUUUAUCGCCAUCAAAAAACGAAGUAUAAAGAGACUUGGGAGACUAGUGGAAGCUCGACCUCAAACAGUUGAAGUAGAUAGUCUCGGAAAAAGUCGGGAAACGGUUGUGAAUCAUCGUCGCAAUGUCGCACAAGACGAGGAACGCAGGAAACUGGAAAGAACAGUGCACAGGACGACAGAAAUCAUCUCCAAGAUGUUCAACAACAGCUCAGACUCGUGGUUUUCUACAGAGAAGGCACUUGCUCCUGAGAUGUCAAACUUGCUGUCCUGUUAUCGGUGGUAUUUACAAAACAAGACUGUAUCGAACGCGCAGGCUAACGAAGCUUGCUCGAAGUACGAAGACCUUGUGGGGUUGGGAACAGGUACGGACAUUAUCUUUUGGCUGAUGGGACCUCUCAUCAUUAUCACCAAUGCCGUAGUGCUGUGGGGAAUCAUCGCAACGAGAGAACUCAACGAGGAACGCAGGAAAUUGGAAAGAACAGUGCACAGGGCAAGAACGGUUAUGCUUCACGUGGUUGUGGCGUUUGUCUUCUGGCUACUAUCGUGCAUACUCGUCGCGAUUUGCAGGAUUGGCCCGGGUAUGUGCCCAGGUAGGAACGGUGCAUUUGCCUGCAUAUGCGCGAACUCUUUCAUUAGCCCAAUGGCAACUUUAGUCCGUACGCCAAAUUUAAGACAGGCAAUCUGGGAAAAACUGAUGCUGCCCUGA